CUUAUGAAACCACACCCUGAUACAGGUGUUCUUUCUGCUGAUCAAAAGCGUUUUAAUUAUAAGCUAAGCCAAGCUCGUAUGGUAGUUGAAAAUGCCUAUGGUAGGUUGAAGGGAAGAUGGAGAUGUCUCAUGAAGAGAUAUGAUUCGGACAUAAAAAACUUAAACAAUACAGUUUCUGCUUGUGUCACACUACACAAUAUUUGUGAAACAUAUAAUGCAACUUUCCAUGAUGCUUGGAUG